CAUGGGCCAGCGACGGUCACACUGAUGAAAACAAAAAACAGAGCAGUAGCGAAAAAAUACACAAUUAUACAACCCGAAACGAAAGCGAGGCGAAGGAGGAGCGUCUAGUGCAGCGGAGGAGGAGGUGACCCCCGGUGACAUCGAACCAUGGCCAUGCUGACCCGUCUGACGAGCAGCGGCACCACCACGGUGGCCGGAGCACCCGGAUCGCCGAAGGGGCUGCAGCGGUUCCAGAACUACAUCGCCUUCUUGUGGCCGGGAACCCAGCGCCAGAGGCGGAAGUCGACGCAACUGGACGCCAUCGACUGCUUCACCAACGACCUGGUAACCAGGAAGACCCAGAAGUGGGAGGAGCUGCGCGACAACCUGAUAAAGAGGCAAUCAUCUGUCCGCGAGACGGAUGCUAACAGCAAUGUUGCUGCGGAGGGCACGGCGGCUAGUGGCUCCACCAGCUUUAGCCAGAACGUAGGCCUCAUGUCAAAAGGCAUGAUGAGCGAUCUCAAGGCGCUGCGAUCCCCCCAACUGGGGCUGGACAUUAGGUCCUUGUCGCAGGCGCAGCUGGACAACCUGCUGAUGGCAACGCUGGAGAUCAAGAACAAGCUGGACUUUUUAUACCUAAUCCGGCAAUGCAUCCGUUGCAAUCUGUUGCCCUCCAACGAGGUGUUCGUCUCCUGUCUGAAGUAUCUGAGUGCCCAGAGAAAGUUGCAUCAGCUGGAGGCACUGGCGGACACCUGUCGGCAGCUGGGGCACCCCUUCUCACAGACCUACGCCGAUCUGGCCCCAUUCCGGGCCAUCGCCCUGUGGAACAAUGGCAACGCGGACGUGGCCCUGAUGACCCUGCACCGAGGCUAUGGCGUCAGCAUGACCUCGGAGGAGGGUAGAAGGAUGGCGCGUACGGCUUUCCGUACUAUUUCGGAGGAAACUCUGGCCCAAAAGAGCGAGGCGGUGCUGGUCUCGCUGCUGGAGGUGGCACGUGCCAUUCACCGCGAGCACAAGGACAUCUUCGUGGUGGCCUGUGUGUGGAAACAGUGUUUCGCUAGCGAUUGGUUCUGUGACCAGAAAUCAGCGGGGGAACUGUUCGAGCACUACAAGGAGCUUCAAGAGCUGGUGGAACGGAGAUCCAGUCCCCUGUGCUCUUCAUUCCUGGGCCGCAACAAUGUAGAUGCCGUGCAUCGACUUAUUGAGGUAUUUCUACAGCACCAGCAGCGGUCGGCCUGUUCCAGCUGCCUCAGCCUGCUCUUCAACUAUCAAUACAUGCGCAAGGAUCUGCGUGCCUGCGCUGAGAUUGUGAAAUCCUGCAGCGAGUUGGAGAUGCCUCUUAACGAGCUGCAGAACGAGCAGUUCCUCAGCCUGUUCCUCGAUCAGAGCGAUCCCGUGGACUCUUCGGGAGCAGGCAGCAAGUACAAGGCACCCAAGUCCUUCCAGUACAAGUUCUAGUUUCCAGUUCCGAAAAUGUAAGCCGUUGUCAUCGUAGUUUUAGCACAAGUGUUUGCACCAUUGAGCAAUAUUGCAAGCCAUCCCCCGCAAAGAAAGUAGCGACUCUUCAAUAAAUGUUAUUUAAUGUCCA